AUGUCCAGGAAUAAGUAUCUCAACAAGAACAUUUUGAGGGACUUUCUGGGUUUCAAGGGACUGAUUAUGUCCGAUGCCGGCUCGAUUAGAAACAUGUACACCCAGUCGAAGGUGGCCAAGUCGUAUGCCGAUGCUGGCUUGAAAGCCCUUCGCGGUGGGUUGGAGCAUGAGCUAUCUCCGCGACCACCAUCCGCCUUCCCAACACUCAUCGAUUCGAUAAAUAACACGGAGAUCGCGGGGCUCAUCGACGAGGCAGUGCACGCAAUCCUGCAGAUCAAGUUCGCAACUGGAACUUUCGAUCUUCCUCUACCCUCCAUCGAAAACAUGAACGCUACCCUUCGGAACGAAAGACACCUCGAAAUCAACCGGAACAUUUCCAGAGAAGCUAUCGUUCUGCUCCAAAACGACGGAACCUUGCCCUUGACAAGAAUCAAUGUUCCCCGCGUCGCACUUCUAGGGCCUUAUGCGGACAUUCUGAACACCGGCCAGUACGCCGCCAACAAUGCAUCGGAUUCAUCUUACGGUGACACAUUUCGAACAAGCCUUGAGCGGGAGCUUGGGGUCGAGAAUGUCAAGUAUGUGGCUGGCGUCGAUAUUCUCAGCGCGAACGAUAGCUCUGGCAUUGAUGCAGCCGUCGCCACCGCGAAGGAGAUCGGACUCGCCGUGGUCGUUCUCGGAUCUGGCUGGGGAUCAUUCGAUACAUCAUAUGAGUCGUUGCAUCGAACCGACGGUGAAGGUUUUAGUCACCCUGAUCUAGGGUUUCCGGGUUUGCAGCAAGAUAUCUUGGAUUCCGUCCUUGAUGCGGGCGUGCCAACAAUAUUGGUCCUCAGUGGAGGACAGACAUUCCUGUUGAACGAGUCAACUAAGAGAUCCAAGGCGAUUUUUCACACCUGGCUCGCUGGAGAAUACACGGCUGAUGCCUUGUUUGAGAUUCUCUUCGGGGAUUUCAACCCCAGUGGGAAGCUGACAAUUACAUUUCCCGAAGCAGAGGGCGCGUUUCCAGUUGCCUAUGAUUACUUCCCGUCGGACGACGAAGGAGGCUUCGGUACUGCGACACAAUACGACUGGCAUCUCCCGGAAUUAGCACGCUAUGCUCCCAUUAGAUUUGGUUUCGGACUGAGCUAUACGAGUUUCAACAUCACAUCUCGUCGCCAUCUCUGA